AUGACGAAGGUCCUCAGAUUGGAUCCCAGACGAUCAGCCAAUCAGAUAGCAAAUCACAACCCAAAACCCGUUUACGCUUUGGCAGUGUCCGGGCGCGGGAAGCAGGGCGGCAAGGCUCGCGCCAAGGCCAAGACGCACUCGUCGCGGGCCGGGCUGCAGUUCCCGGUGGGCCGCGUCCACCGCCUGCUCCGCAAGGGCAACUACGCCGAGCGGGUGGGGGCCGGCGCGCCGGUGUACCUGGCGGCCGUGCUGGAGUACCUGACGGCCGAGAUCCUGGAGCUGGCGGGCAACGCGGCCCGCGACAACAAGAAGACGCGCAUCAUCCCGCGCCACCUGCAGCUGGCCAUCCGCAACGACGAGGAGCUCAAUAAGCUGCUGGGCCGCGUGACCAUCGCGCAGGGCGGCGUCCUGCCCAACAUCCAGGCCGUGCUGCUGCCCAAGAAGGCGGAGAGCCACCGCCACAAAGUCCAGAGCAAGCAAUGUCUCACAAGCAGUAAAUCCAGCAAGUGACCUGCGCUUCCGGAGAAUGGAGAAAAACAAGCCCACAGCGGAAUCAAAGGCUCUUUUCAGAGC